AUGGCAUUCGCGAAACGUGUUGUCAUCAUCGGAGCCGGAAUUGUGGGCACCAAUCUCGCUGAUGAGUUGGUUGCACGGGGAUGGAGCGAUAUCACAGUUGUCGAGCAGGGGCCGUUGCACAUGCCGGGUGGCUCGACAUCCCAUGCUCCGGGUCUCGUCUUUCAAACUACGCCAUCCAAAACUAUGACGCAUUUGGCUCGAUAUACAGUUCAGAAGCUCUUGUCGAUCGAGAAAGACGGGCAGAACUGCUUCAAUCAGGUUGGUGGUCUUGAGCUGGCUACAACUCCCGCACGACUCGAGGACCUCAAACGCAAGCAUGGCUACGCCUCGUCAUGGGGAAUCAAUGCGCGCCUCGUCAGCGCUGAGGAGUGCCUUGAGAUGUAUCCUCACCUUAACAAGGACAUGGUUCUGGGCGGCUUGCACAUCCCGAGCGAUGGUCUUGCUCUCGCUGCUCGGGCAACCCAGCUACUCAUCGAACGCACCGCCAAGGCCGGUGUUCGUUACCUUGGCUCUACCCCAGUUAUUGGGAUAGAGCAAGUAAACGGACGAGUGACCGGUGUCACUAUCCCCAACGGUACUGUUCCUGCCGAUAUUGUGGUAUCCUGUGCUGGAUUCUGGGGUGUGGAGAUCGGAAAAAUGAUUGGAUUGCCCAUUCCCUUGCUUCCUCUGGCGCAUCAGUACGCGAAAACGACCGCUGUCCCUGUUCUUGCCGGCCGCGACCUCAACAAGAAACCGAAUGGCCUAAAUGCGGUUCUCCCUAUCCUCCGUCACCAGGACCAGGAUCUAUACUUCCGUGAACAUGGUGGACAAUAUGGUAUCGGCUAUUAUGGACAUCGGCCCAUGCCGGUUGAUGCUGGGUCAUUGGGACUCACCUCUAAGAAUGUUGACGAGAAGAAUAUGCCCUCUCGCCUCGAGUUUACCAAGGAAGACUUCGACCCUGCUUGGAAGGAAACACAGAACCUUUUGCCUAUCUUGAGAAGCACUCAAAUCGAGGAUGGAUUCAAUGGAAUUUUCUCGUUUACCCCAGAUGGUGGUCCCGUCUUUGGACAAGCGCCCAACCUGGACGGAUUCUAUGUGGCUGAGGCUGUCUGGGUAACACAUUCUGCCGGCGUUGCCCGGGCCCUCGCUGAAGUUUUGACCGAAGGCCGCUCCCAGAUCGACAUGACUGAGUGUGAGCUUACUCGCUUUGAAGAGAUCCAACUCAGCCAGGACUACAUCAGUGAAACAUCCCAGCAAAACUUUGUCGAGAUCUAUGACAUUCUACACCCACUUCAGCCCAAGGAGUCUCCUCGAAGCCUUCGAACCAGUCCAUUCCAUGCUCGCGAAAAAGAGCUCGGUGCAUAUUUCCUUGAACUUGGAGGCUGGGAGCGCCCAUUCUGGUAUGAUUCCAAUGCAGGACUCCUCAACUCUCUUCCGUCCGAUUGGAAGCCCGUCGAACGAGAUACUUGGUCUGCGCAAUUCUACUCUCCUAUUGUUGCUGCAGAAGCCUGGAAAACACGAAAUGCCGUGGCCAUGUUCGACAUGACCUCAUUCCACCGAUUUGAGGUAGGGGGCCCUGGGGCUCUCCAACUGCUCCAGCGGCUGACAACUAGUGAUGUCUCUGCCAAACCGGGGACCAUUACCUGGGCUCUGCUUCUCAACAAUCACGGUGGCAUUCGCAGCGACAUCUUCGUCUCGAGACUGGAGGAGAAUUUGUUCCAGAUCGGCGCCAACUCUGCCACUGAUUUUGCUUACCUCUCCCGGGAAGCCCGCCGCCAGGGACAAUGGGUCCAGGUUCGCGAAAUCACCGGCAGCACUUGCUGUAUUGGCCUUUGGGGGCCGCGUGCUCGUGAUGUCAUCAGCAUUGUCAGCACUGAUGACUUCUCUAACAAGGGAUUGCCUUACUUCGGAGUGAAGAAUGCGAUCAUCAGCGGCAUCCCGACAACAGUAUUCCGAAAGUCCUAUGUUGGUGAGCUUGGCUGGGAGAUUCAAACCACCGCCGAAUAUGGUCAGCGACUAUGGGACGCCAUCUAUCAGGCAGGUAAGAGCCAUGGCCUCAUUGCAGCUGGCCGUGCUGCCUUCAAUUCUCUGCGACUGGAGAAGGGCUACCGAACAUACGGCACCGACAUGAACACAGAGCACAACCCGUAUGAAGCUGGUCUUUCAUAUACCAUUCGCGCAAGCAAAUGGGAAGAGUACGUUGGUAAAUCUGCGCUCGAGCGCCUUUCCAAACAAAAGCCCACUCGCCGUCUACGCUGCUUGACUGUUGACGAUGGUCGCUCUAUGAUUUUGGGCAAGGAGCCCGUCUUCAAGAACGGCAAAUCUGUCGGUUACGUGACCAGUGCUGCUUUCGGGUUCACUGUCCGCAAGCCCAUUGCGUAUGCCUGGCUCCCCGGAAAUCUGGCCGAAGGCGCCAGCGUUGAAAUCGAGUACUUUGGCCGGCGCAUCAAUGCCACCAUCGCCGCUGAGCCACUGUACGAUCCGGACAUGAAGCGCAUGCUGGCCGAAGGUCCGUCUGUGGAUUCCGAGCUCCAGAAGCCAUUCCGUUCUCGUCUCUAA